UUUCUACAGGAAGAAAAUAUUUAUGGCCUUAUCGUUUGUUUUAAUAAGGAAAGCUAGGGAAGCUGGAGUACCAGUAAUCACUUACGUAAAAAACCUACAGUACAGAUAUCUUAAGGAAAAUCAAGAUUGCAUUAAUCCUAUCUUGGAACAGAAGUUUUUGAGCCACAACCAACAAGAAUUAAAAGACAAGUUAAAAGAACUGCAAGGAACUCUAUCUCUAUCUGGCGAGAACAAUGUAGGGCUGCAAGGAGAUUUCACAACGAGAGAGGAUGGAUUUCUCAAGGAAAGUAAUGAUUGGACUUCAGCAUCAGAACAAAGGCCAAUAAAUGAAAUUCCACCUAGCCUGUACCCUCAAAGAAGAGUUUUCAGUUAUGAACAUUUUGCACUAAAAUAUUUACGGUUUAUUGAAUCAAUAUUAAUGAUAAAGGACGAAAUUGAACUUAAGGCACCAAUCCAAACCUCAUAUUUACAAACUGUGUUGUAUGAUGAAGCUGAAUAUGCGAGUUACAAGAAUAGUGUAGUAAAUUGUGAUGCUAAAACAAUGUCUGAUGAUUCUGGAUUUGAAUGCAGUGAAUAUUCAAAAAGACAAUACACAAAAAACUAUCAACUAUGUGUCUGGUGAUGUCAUCAAGGUCACUCUACAGUCAUCAAAUACCAACCAUUUGGUAGCAAACUCUUUAAAAUUUGUUCUAAAUUAUGUAAAACAAGAAAUAAAACUGAAUACCGUGAUGAUCUUCCACAAUUGGAAGAAUUCCCUGACUGAAUAUGCUUGUGAAAUUCUCAAAGAAUGCUCACGCUACAGCAGCUUUUUGUCGAGAGCUGCAUCUGAACUUGGUGUUUGAAUUGCUGGAGGAUCUGUGGAAUGACAGAAGACUGGCUGAGGCUGGAAACGUUUCCUCUGAUGUUGAUGUUGAUGUGGAGAUGGUCUGAACUGCUGCAUCUUCAUCCCUGCCGCCAUGUUGCUGGUAUAAGCCAUGGACGUCGUCUGCCGCUCCGCCGCCUCCAGGGACAGGG